GCGCGGCCGUUUUUACCGGUCGUGAUCACGGUCGCCUCGCUGGUGGUGCGUGCGUGCGUGCGUUUGUGUUUGUUUUCACGGCAGUGGUGUUGGUAGUUGAUCGAUGGUCUUGCUCUUGUUCCUGCCUAACCCCCCCAAACCAUGAGUGAUUCGCGAAUCGUGCCCAGCAGCAGCAGCAACAGGUUGUUAUGAUGCUCGUGUACGAGAUGCCGGUGCUGCAGACGAUCGUAGCGAUCGUGUGGAUUGUCGCGGGUGUCGAUGGUACUCAACCGUUGUCCCGGUGUGAGGUGGCUCGCGAGUUAACGCUUCAGCAUGUCCCGGAGGAGCAGAUAGGUGAUUGGUUGUGUAUCGCGGAACAUGGCGCCGGUUACAGCCGAUCGGUCGCUAAUCUACGCUUCAAGCGCUUCGGUGGCAGUGGCUAUUAUGGGUUGUUUCAGAUCAGCGAUCGAUACGCCUGCACCCGGUACGGUUCGAUCUGUGGUCUCGAGACAUGCGAGGCGCUACUGGACGACGAGCUGGAGGACGAUAUCGAAUGUAUGCUCAAGAUUCAUGCUGCGUACGCCCGGGAGCUGGGCGAUGGAUUCGCUGCCUGGCCUAUCCACAAGACGGCCUGCCGGGGUGAGGGACUGGCGUGGCGCAGAACCGUCCCCUACGCCGACUGUCUGAACGAGGAGGUCGUACGGGUGCAGGCGUACUUUAAGCGUAAGCGGGCCAAGGGAAAGAAGACGGCUAACCUUGCCCUUGCGCCUCCACCAUCGGCCACCGGUAAGGUGUACGAGCGCUGUGAAUUGGCCUUGGAGUUGCGCGAUCGGCAUCGAAUGCCGAUGGAGCAAAUAGCGACCUGGGUGUGCAUCGCGUACCACGAAAGUCGCUUCAAUACGUCCGCCGAGGGAAGAUUAAACGCGGACGGUAGUGGCGAUCAUGGACUGUUCCAGAUUAGUGACAUCUACUGGUGCUCCACGGAUACGGGCCGACCGGCGGCGAAAGCAUGCCGGGUAACGUGUGACGCCAUGCGUGAUAACGACAUCGAGGACGAUAUCCGGUGCAUUCGGAUGAUCUACGAUGAGCAUCAGCGGAUUUCGGGCGAUGGUUUCACUGCCUGGACCGUGUAUCGACCGUAUUGUGCCGGGCGGGAGGAUAGCUUCGUGCAUAACUGCUUCACUGCUGCCGCGGGCGACAUCCAACAUCCAACUACGGCCAUCAGGCCACGGCCUGGCAUUGUCGCUCCGGUGGUACCGACAAGAUCACGUACACCAGCGCACACCGGGCAUACGUACGGAAAGGUGUACGAUCGGUGUGAGCUGGCAAAUGAUCUGUUACACAAGUUCCACUUUCCACGGGAUCAAAUAGCGACCUGGGUGUGCAUCGCGUACCACGAAAGUCGCUUUAACACGUCCGCCGAGGGCAGAUUGAAUGCGGAUGGAAGUGGUGAUCAUGGGUUGUUCCAGAUUAGUGACAUUUAUUGGUGCUCACCACCGGGUCAAGGCUGGGCUUGCGGUGUAUCCUGUGACGCACUGAAGGACUCGGACAUUAGCGAUGAUGUGCGGUGUGUCCGGACGAUCUACGAGGAGCAUCAACGGCUUUCGGGUGAUGGAUUCACCGCUUGGUCUGUUUACAAACCGUACUGUGGUGUUGACCGAACGGAGGAGUUCGUCCGGGGAUGCUUUGGUGAAGAUGCGCCUGGAGCAACGCAAUCAACGGUUUUGCCUCGUCCAGCGAUCACUGCGCCAGCGUCUCGACCGGCUGCAAGAGACCGGCCAGUGACCUCACUGCCCGGACGGGUGUUUGAUCGCUGUGAGCUUGCGCAAGAGUUGCACCUACGCCAAGGACUUCCACUCGAUGAAGCGGCUACCUGGUUGUGCAUUGCCAAGUAUCAAUCCAACUUCAACUCUUCGGCCAUCGGGUACGGUCCCGACGGGGUCCAGUAUCAUGGUAUGUUCCAGCUAAGCGACGAGUAUUGGUGUUCACCUCCGGGGCGUGGUUGGGUUUGUGGUGUUACGUGCGAACGGCUCCGGGAUGGGGAUCUGACCGAUGAUCUGGCCUGUAUGCGUCACAUCUUCGAGGAGCAUCAACGCAUUUCGGGCGAUGGUUAUAAUGCCUGGGCUGCCUAUCAACCGCAUUGCAAGGGACGAGCUACGGCGCUGCUCGAGGGAUGUUUUGAAGAAGGUGAGAACGCCAUCAUUCCCACACCACCGACUACUCGACGGCCAAUUGCACCGCCCAAAAAUGGACCCCGGGGGAAGAUCUAUCAACGGUGCGAGCUGGCUCAGGAGCUGUACUAUCGUCAUGGAUUACCGUACGAUCAGAUCGCUACCUGGGUGUGCAUUGCGCACCGGGAGUCGAACUACAACGUAUCGGCCAUUGGCCGACUGAAUGCGGAUGGUAGCGAGGAUCACGGGUUGUUCCAGAUCAGUGACAUCUACUGGUGCUCUCCACCGGGGAAGGGUUGGGUGUGUGGGUUGCCGUGUUCCGAUCUCGAGGAUAAUGAUCUGACCGACGAUAUCGAGUGUAUGCGAACGAUCUACGAAGAGCAUACGCGGCUCUCGGGCGAUGGUUUCAAUGCCUGGGCCGUCUAUCGACCGUACUGUAAGGGUCGUUCGGAUCACUACAUUGAAGGAUGCUUCCCGGAGGCCACCACCACCAUCGAUGAGGAGCCAUUGACCACCAGCAGAAUCAUCACCGAUCAAACGACGAACCAACGUACCGUUACUACCACGGCAAGGUCAUGGACAACGUCGCAACGACUCACGACGGCAUCGACUGCAGCCCGAACACGCAGCACCACUCGUCGUUGGACGAGCAGCACCACCACACCACCGCCAACCACCAGCAUCAUACCGGAAAUAGGCACCCGAAAACAAUCGGAAACGACAACGAUACCACCUGCCACUACCACUACUACUGCUGCUGCUGCUGCUGGUAAGAUGACCAAGUCGACUACGAGUUUGUACGAGUUCUAUCUUCAUCACUUUGGACGGCGACCGACCAUCACCACUGCCAAGCCGGUGUACACCUUCAAACCGUUCGCCUCGCGUCUCCGGGCAUCACCGGGCACCACAAGUGCCACGAACACCGCAACACUGCCCCCAGUAACGACCACUCGCUAUCGAGAGGACUUUAAUCGAUGGUUUCAGGGUGCGUAAGGGAAUGGGUUCUAUGGGUACUAUCUUAAGCAAGGUUUCUAAUAAAACUUUUAUCAAGUACUUCUCCUAACAACCAGCUAGCUGCUCACGAUAUUGUAUUAUUAUGCGACAUGAGAGCCAAUCAGUUGCUUUGAGAAAUGCGUCAUUAACUCCACGUGAGUUUAGUUAAAUGGAGAUCCAUUUGAGCUUCUUUAUACUUGUUGGAGGAGUGCGAA